AUGCUUAUAUUACCUCUGAUAACUUUACUUACAAAGCUAUCAUAUUCAACUGGUGCUCAGUUCAAGCUCAAAUUUGCAUUCUGUAAUCAAGCACCGAAUCCUGCAUUGCAAUUGAUUUGCUCUCAGUUUCAAAAAUGGGAUUCAGAAGCUAGACAGCUUCAAUCUGACUCGAGGACUCGAACAUCAUGGAGCUCAGGAAGAGUUUGGUCAAGUUCCCGAUCUCGUUGGUCAGCUGGCAACAUGCAAAAUUGGGCUGCUUGGACGGCAUGGUCUGCCGGUUCAUCCCAUCAGCAUACAUCUCAAUCUAUUCAUGAAGCUGACAAUCAUCAUAAACCCCAAAUUAGUAUCAACAAUCGCUAUAGUAAUAAUAAUAAUCACUAUAAUUUUUCAAAGAUGACAAGUUUGACAGAUGGUUUUACUUCUGCGACAUUCACUCAACAAGAACCUAAGCGAAAACUAUCACUUUCAGUUCGUACAGAAACAAAUCGCGUUCGUGGUGGACAAAUAACUAACGUGAGAACAUAUUCACGCACGUCAUCAACAUCAACAUCUCUCUCCACAGCAUCCUCCCGCCGUGAACGAAUUUUAAUCAAAGACAACGAAAACUUUGAUCAAGUUUCACGCACUAAGCAGAUGCCUCAUCGUAGUAGCAUUCACGAGUCAAAAUUCGGGAAAGAUCUGUAUUCAAUGGAGCAAGACAUGGUUGGACCACCUGGACAACAACGCCCUAGCAAUUUUAUAUUCCGUAAUAAGCAACGUACCUCAGUGCCAUCGCCAUCGCCAUCGCCAUCGCCACCGCCAGUAGUCGUAAAUAAUGUGCCUGAGAAAUUUUCAGGGAGUAAAUCACGUGGAAGUCUCGUACAAGAAACAAUAAAUCAAAGAGAUCCAUCUCGAGUCGAUGAGUUAUCAGUCGAAGAAAGGAUGGAAGCUAUGGAGUGUAUGGAUCUGAAUUGCUUGUGCUCAUAUUUCCAUGGACUGUUAACAAAUUCGGCUUGCUAUCUGUCAAACGGUAAGAAACUUUCGAAGGCUGUCCGAAAAGAGUACCGACAAUUACUUGCUGAAGAAAGAAGACGAUUCCACUCAGCCUUGCUGAAAUUGAAGCAAAUUGGAGAUUAUGAUAGGAUUGCUAAAUGGCAUUCUCAACCAGAGAUUAGUGGCGGUGCGCAUUCGGGACCGGCCUUCCUACCCUGGCAUCGAGAAUACAUCAAAAGGAUGGAAAUAGCCCUUCGAUUGGUUGAUCCAGAAGUAUCUUUGCCCUACUGGGAUUCUACACUAGAAAGUGGAAUCCCAAAUGGUAAAGAUACUAUUUUAUUUAGUAAAACUUUAAUGGGUGAUAGUGAUAAACAUGGAGAUGUUAUCAGUGGCUUUAUGUCUAGAUGGUUCACUCCUGAGAGACGAUAUGUAAAUCGACAAGUAGCACAACAAGGGCGUACGUUUAAAGAAGACGAUAUUCAAGCUAUUAUGAGACAUCACAACGUAAUUAGUAUGCUUGCAUACACAGCUCCUAAACAGGGAUGCCGGCACCCCAUAAACUGGGCAGCCCUGGAAUAUAGUCAAGCAAAUGUAUUAGUUUGGGUGGGUGGUGAUUCCUUCCAUCAAACAACUUGCGCAAAUGACCCCUUAAUAUUCCUUCAUUACGCUUUCGUCGAUAGCAUUUGGGAAUGGUGGCGGCAGCAUCGACAGAGUUCAGGUUCACGAUCAACGAGCUAUCCACCGGAUUCACUAGAAUGCAGUAAUGAGAAUCAUUUUGCGCAAAAUCCUAUGCAACCAUUUGAACCAUUAAAAAAUAUCGAUGGCAUUAGUAAUAAGUAUACUGACGAGAUGUACAAGUAUGCUCCAAGACCAGCUUGUAAAAGAGGUCGCGAUGGCCUCUGUGCAAGCGAAUUUUUGUUCUGUGAUUCAUCUCAUGGCUCCCCUCGGUGUUCCACGAAAAUCCGACCAGGAGGCAGAUGUGACGGUUACUCAAGUCUCGAAAACCCGUGCUAUAAUAGCACAUGUAUAUCUAGCACAUGCUCACAGGAGAUUCAUUGA